AUUUAAGAUCUAUCCCCUCGAUUCGAGUUUCGUGGUUGCUGAAAUUAGGGAUUUCCAAUGGCUCUUGCAUCCUCGUGUGUCCUAUUACAUCACAGAUCUUUUGCAUUCUCCAGAUCCUCGAUUUCGAAAACUCCAAUUCGAAGGACAAUCGUCCCUAUCACAUUCAAAAUAGAAUCAGUGAAUCGUUGCAAUUCGGCUCUUCCGAACAUCCGAUGCUGCUCGAGUUCUGGUUCUUCAGUCGAAGCCGAGAAAUAUUCUUCAACGAGGAUCUUCAUCAAAGGACUUCCAUUAUCAAUGUCUGAAGGAUGUUUGAUGAAGUCAUUUUCCUGCUAUGGUGAAGUAAGAAAAGUAAAAAUUAUAACAGAUAGAAAAUCUAGACAGUCUUUGGGAUUAGCAUAUGUUUGGUUUGCCAGUGAAGAGUCUGCCCAGUUGGCUGUUGCAGAAAUGGAUGGAAAGUUUUUUGGUGGCAGGUUCAUUGCCGUUACAAUUGCAAAGCCUGAAUCUCCUACAAGUAAGGUAAGGACCGUGUCAUAUAAAUUUUAAUCAGCACAUACUCUCCUUGCUUAUAGCUUAAAUCUCCUAAAUUGAGGUUAAGGUGAAGCCCGUUUGGAUUAAUUGUUGAAGAAGUAUAACAUAUAUUGAGGUGGUCAGGUGCUUUAUUCAUACAGACCUAGUCCACAUCUUGCCCACUGUAAAUCCGUAACAAAAACGAAUGCAACACUUAGUUGAAAUUUUGUUGAUAAAAGAAAAGGACAUUCUUUAAGUUGGCCA